AAUAGCCUGAGAGAACUACGCAAAAGCCCUCUUGCUUCAGUUGCCAUGGCCUCAGUCCAGUGCUUCAAGAAUGCUGAGAAAAGCUACUACCAACAGAGCCACCAUGGCCAUCGCAUGGAACAUGCAAUGAGCCACAGCCAGACCCAGUGCUAUGGCCAGGGUGAGAAACACCUUCCAUUGGGCUAUGGCUACAUGGCUCAUAGCAAUGGCCACAUGGCUCAUAGCAGUGGUAAUGGCUACCUAGCUAAUGGCCACGGCUACAUGGCUCAUGGUCACGGCUACAUGGCACAAACUCAUGGUCACCACAGUGGGCAUGCCAUGGCCAAAACCAUGACUCCCUGGAUGGGCCUAAACAAUGGUUAUACUAUUGGCCAACAUGCCCAGACUCACUUCAUUACUCAAGCUCAUGGCUACAAGAAAGAGAAUUCUUCUUGCAAUGGAAAGUCUAAGAAGAAGGGCGAAUACAAGAAGAAAGAGAAGAUCAUAUUCAAGAAGAAAUCCAAGGAAUGCAAAUCUGGUGGUAGCAGCAGCAGCAGCGAUAGCGAGAGCGAGAGUGACAACGACCGCUUCUGAAAGGUGAAGAUAUAA